CAAAUCCUCGCCGGAAAUUAUGGGAGGAGAUUUUCGUCAUUUCUCCUCCCACGUGUCUCUUCUCUUCUUCAUCCUUCUCGUCGUCAAAUCCAGUUCCUCAUUUACUCCUGCUGAUAAUUACCUCAUCGAUUGUGGCUCCUCCGGCGAAACAAAACUCUCCGACGGUCGUAACUUCAAAUCCGAUCAACAAUCCGUCGCGUUUCUUCAAACAGACGAAGACAUCAAAACCUCUGUCGACUCAAUCCCGAUCUCCGACUCCAAUUCUAGUACCCUUCCCUUAUACUUAACCGCUCGAAUCUUCGCCGGAAAAUCAACUUACUCUUUCUACAUUUCACGACCUGGUCGUCACUGGAUCCGUCUCCAUUUUUAUCCUCUCAAUCAUCCUCUCUACAAUCUCACAAACUCCGUAUUCUCCGUCACCACCGACACCACCGUUCUCUUACAUGAUUUCUCCGCCGGAGACACUUCUUCGAUCGUCUUCAAAGAAUAUCUAAUCUACGCCGCCGAGAAACUCUCUCUCUAUUUCAAACCACAUAAAGGCUCCACGGCUUUUAUCAACGCCGUUGAAAUCGUCUCCGUUCCCGACGAGCUUGUCCCGGAUUCUGCUUCCUCUGUUCCUCAAGCUCCUGAUUUCAAAGGCUUAAGUAGCUUCUCUCUUGAGAUCCUUCACCGGAUAAACAUCGGCGGCGAUUUGAUUUCUCCGAAAAUUGAUCCUCUCUCACGCACUUGGCUCUCUGAUAAACCUUACAAUUCGUUCCCUGAAGGUUCGAGAAAUGUCACCGUUGAUCCAAGUACGAUUACUUAUCCAGACGGCGGAGCCACGGCGUUGAUUGCUCCUAAUCCGGUUUAUGCCACGGCGGAAGAAAUGGCGGAUGCACAAACUUCGCAACCUAAUUUCAAUCUUUCAUGGAGAAUGAGCGUUGAUUUUGGUCAUGAUUACUUCAUUAGGCUACAUUUUUGUGACAUUGUAAGCAAAUCGCUCAACGAUCUCGUCUUCAAUGUUUUCAUAAACAAGCUCUCUGCAAUCUCUGCACUUGAUCUCUCUUCACUAACCAACGCUUUAGGCACGGCGUAUUACGCGGAUUUUGUGCUUAAUGCGUCUGCGAUCACCAAUGGCUCGAUCUUGGUUCAAGUUGGUCCUACUCCGAAUCUUCACUCGGGUAAACCGAAUGCCAUUCUUAACGGUUUAGAGAUCAUGAAGCUGAACAAUGCUGCCGGGAGUUUAGAUGGGCUUUUCGGGGUUGAUGGGAAAUACAAAGGACCUAUUGGUGGGAUGUCCUCUAAGAAGCUUGCGAUUGCGGGUAUCGGAUUUGUGAUGGCGUUAACCGCGUUGUUAGGGGUUGUUGUGUUGCUUGUUAGAUGGCAGAGACGUCCUAAAGAUUGGCAAAAACAGAAUAGUUUCUCGUCAUGGUUGCUUCCUUUGCACGCAAGUCACUCAAGUUACAUCUCGAGCAAAGGCGGGUCUACGUCGAGGCGGAUGAGUAUUUUCGGGUCAAAGAAAAGCAAAAGCAAUGGAUUCUCUAGCUUCUUCUCGAACCAAGGAUUAGGACGGUACUUUCCCUUUACUGAACUACAGAUCGCUACGCAAAAUUUUGAUGAGAAUUCUGUGAUUGGAGUCGGAGGAUUCGGAAAAGUCUACAUAGGAGAAAUUGAUGGUGGAACGCAGGUCGCGAUCAAAAGAGGGAGUCAGAGUUCAGAGCAAGGGAUAAACGAGUUUCAGACAGAGAUUCAAAUGCUGUCUAAACUUAGACACAGACAUUUGGUUCUUUGCGCGAGGCCAGUGAUAAACCCACAGUUACCUAGAGAACAAGUAAACUUAGCAGAAUAUGCUAUGAAUUUGCAUAGAAAAGGUAUGUUGGAUAAAAUCAUCGAUCCGAAAAUCGUGGGAACGAUUAGUAAAGGGUCGUUAAGAAAAUUCGUGGAGGCUGCAGAGAAAUGUUUGGCCGAGUACGGGGUUGAUCGGCCUGGAAUGGGAGAUGUGUUGUGGAAUCUUGAAUAUGCUUUGCAACUUCAAGAAGCGUCGGCUCAAGUUGAUUUGUCUGAGGAUAAAACUACAAUGAAUAUUGAAAUGGAUUAUAUUCCCGGCGAGGAAAUGCAAACUCCAUCGCAUUCUGUGGCUCCGCCAUCGCUCCUUUGUCAGGAACAAACCCUAAAUAAACCAGAGAUGGUGGAAGGUGAAAACUUUGACUGCGAAGAACAGAGGAUCACACACUUUGAUCUGAGAAACGAGCCCCAGUUUCCAAUGGUUUUCGUUAGAGAAUCGACUGAUUUCGCUAAGGACGAUAUCUCUAUCUUCCCGCCGAUCAACCACGAGAAUCUCUACAUCGACGGAUUCGAUAAGGACCGAGAAUCUCCGUCGGAAUCCUCCUCUCCUUCAUCUUCGUCGAGACUCUCAGAUUCUUCCUCGUCUCCGUCCUAUUCAGACGAACAAUUUCAAUUUUGUCGGAAAUCGCAUUCUCAGCCGUCAGAAGUUGUCGGGAAAUAUCGGUGGAAAUCCAUAAUUGAGAUUGAUAUUAUCCAAGUUUGGUGGAAGAUUCUUCUCGCUCGAGUAACGCCAAAUUUCCAGAAUUUGGUGACUUUCUUCUCCAGGAAUAGUCUCUGUUCCUUCUCGAAGACUCUCCGGUCAUUUUAUCCGGUCAUGGUCAUAGUAAUUUGGUGGUGGAUGCGUAACCGAACUCGCCGGCGACUUCAAAAAGGAGAAAUCAUCGCAACUCACCUUAGAGAUACUAUCAAAGAGAGAGACGAGAGAAUAGCUCAGCUCUUGCAUCAGAUUACUCAGAUGAAUGAGUUACUAGUAAAAAUAACACAUUCGAAUUGAUCAGAAUAUUCUUCUGUCUUCUUGUGUUGUAUUCUUCUCUUUCUUAGUUUCAGAAUAAGAAUCAAUGAGACAA